CGCCGUCAUCUACCUUAUUCACGUGCUUGCGGCCGGUAGGCGGUAAACAGUGACGUUCCGUCAUCAAGGAGGUUAAUCUUCCCAUAUUGUUAUGAUGAAGUUCCUAAAACUUGUUUUACACGUAAAAUAAUUUGUAGAACUCGAUCUCGAAACUGUAAAGGCACACGUGUCAAAGAGAUCGAUUAUGGCUUUGGCGUGGAAUGAAAAGUACCAACUCAUCACGAGGAAUUUGGCGGAAUGUCUGGGAGAAGAGAAACUCGAGAAGAUACUGAAGGAACGUGAUCUCAAGCUGUAUUGGGGUACAGCUACAACGGGAAAGCCUCAUAUCGGCUACUUUGCACCUAUGUCUAAGAUAGCGGAUUUUUUACGAGCUGGAACAGAGGUGACGAUUCUCUUUGCGGAUCUCCACGCAUACUUGGACAAUAUGAAGGCACCAUGGGCACUUUUGGAGCUUCGUACUCGGUACUACGAAGCUGCGAUCAAGGCGAUGCUGAAAUCCAUUGAUGUUCCACUGGACAAACUAAAGUUCGUCAAAGGAACAGACUAUCAGUUAUCCAAGGAUUAUACGUUGGACGUGUAUCGUCUGAGCUCGUUGGUAACGGAACACGAUGCAAAAAAGGCAGGUGCCGAAGUUGUCAAACAGGUUUCCAAUCCUCUGUUGUCCGGCCUCCUUUAUCCGGGGCUACAGGCUCUCGAUGAACAUCACUUAAAAGUAGACGCGCAAUUCGGUGGUGUCGAUCAGAGGAAAAUUUUCACUUUUGCAGAGAAAUACCUGCCGAUGCUGGGAUACGAGAAACGUAUUCAUCUGAUGAAUCCAAUGAUACCUGGCUUGGCUGGCGCGAAAAUGUCGUCAUCCGAAGAGGAUUCCAAGAUCGAUCUGUUGGACAAUGCCGCGGCAGUGAAGAAAAAACUAAAGAAGUCCUUUUGCGAGCCUGGAAAUGUCGCGGAUAACGGUGUCCUCGCUUUCUGCGAGCACGUUAUAUUCCCAUUAUUUAAGGAUGGCGAAGUUUUCAACUCGUCAAGGACUGCAGAAUUCGGUGGCGACGUGUCCUUCUCCAAGUACGAGGAUUUGAAAGCCGCUUUCGCGUCGCAAGAGAUACACCCUGGUGAUCUGAAGAACGCCGUGGAGGUAUACAUCAACAGACUUUUAGAUCCAAUAAGAAAGGAAUUUGCAGGAGAUUCGAAGCUGCAGUCACUCGCGAGCAAAGCUUAUCCACCUCCACAAAAACAAAAGCCCGUAGAGGCGGAAGUUACUCCCGCAAGAUUGGACAUCCGAGUGGGCAAAAUAGUCCAAGUGAAGAAGCAUCCUGACGCGGAUUCGCUCUACGUCGAGAAGAUAGAUUUGGGUGAGCCGAAUGGACCACGUACCAUAGUCAGCGGCCUAGUCAAUUUCGUACCUUUAAACGAGAUGGAGAACAGAAUGGUGGUGAUCCUUGCCAAUCUGAAGCCAGCGAAUCUCCGAGGAAUUUUGUCACAUGGAAUGGUCCUUUGUGCCUCUACCGAAGAACCGACCAGACAAGUAGAGCCUUUAAGACCUCCAGCAAACGGCGUGCCCGGUGAUAAAAUUACUAUCGAGGGAUACGAAGAUGGAACAGCGGACGAUGUAUUAAAUCCGAAGAAGAAAGUAUGGGAGAAGCUGCAGGUCGAUCUUGUGGUGAAUACAGACGGUGUAGCUUCAUGGAAUGGAAAUCCGUUGCUCACGUCAACGGGCGGCAAGAUAACAAGCGACACUCUCAAAAACGUUCCGAUCAAAUAAUGCAUUGUCAUAACGUAUUUAAAAUCUUAUUAUACGUUAUAUACCAGCUUCGAUUAAUUACAACACACAGUAAAUAAUUAUUUAAUUAUUUACUUUUACUUGCUUUACGCUUUACCCUUGUUUUUAUAUAUAUAUAUAUAUAUAUAUUUUUUUUUCAUACAAACAGCAUUUAGCGUACAUUCAAAAAUCGGAAAAAGUGUGUAAUUGCAAGAUCGAAGCUAGCAAAUGUAAUAAAUAGGUCCAACUGCCAGUACGCCAGUACCAAAUGUGA